AUGGCAGCUGCAAAGGCAGAUGGCACACCUUUGCAGCAACUCUUGGCAAGGUCGGCCAAAGCGUGCCCACAAAAGAUCGCCAUCAGAACAGAAAGCGGUGAUGCUAGCUACUCUCAGCUGUAUUCCUUGGUGGGGCGGGUGUCCGCUGCUAUGAUGAACUUGGGUAUUGGUGCGAUGGAUCGAGUUGGGUGGCUUUUGCCGAACUGCUUGCAAGCUGUUGCCUGCACCUUGGCCUGUUACAGCAUCGGUGCAGUAUCCGUCCCGAUCAAUGUUCGCUAUGCUUCCGAUGAGGUUGCAUACAUGGUCAACAAGGUGCAAGCCAAAAUGCUGUUUCUUUCAGUCGGCAAGUUGGAUGUGCUGCAAGACUUGCCUGCCCACUUGCAGCUGAUAGUCAUUGGCGCGCAGACAUCUCAGCGACUCUCACACAGAAGUUGGGAUGAGUUUCUGCAAACCGAUGUUGAGGCAAGCUCUGCACCAGUUAGCACGGAGCAUCCUGCCCUGAUUCUCUUCACCUCCGGGUCCACGGGCCGCCCUAAAGGUGUUCUGCAUUCCCAUGGGACAUGCUGGGCAGCCAUCAGGAUUUCUGCGGAAGCGUUUCAGCUGCGAAGUGACGAUGUGGUGCUUGUGGGGAAAGCCAUUACUCAUGCAGGUGGUCUUCAGACGCAGCUGCUGCCAACUCUGAUGAUGAGAGGAGAGGUGGUGCUUUCCAUGGUCCCGCCAGCGGCCACAGCUGUCGACCUUAUCCGGCGCUUUCAUGUCAGUGUGUAUGCCAUGCUAUCGAGCUUCCUUUUGGAUUUUGUGGACUACCUGGAGAUAUCUGACCACAACCUCCCAAGCUUGAGGCGAGUUAUUGGCUCCGGAGACAGCGUUCCUCUACAUGUCCAGUCGAGAUUCCACAAGCUUUUUGGCUGGCCAGUGUUGGAAGGCUGCGGCAUCACGGAAAUCGGUGGAUACUUUGCCACGCAGCCAAUUGGGAAGGAGAAGCCAGGUUCAAUUGGCCUCCCCACUGCUAGAACAGAGGUGCGACUUGUCGAUGUGGAUGGCAAGGCCGUACCCUUGGGCCAGCCAGGAGAGGUGCUUCUCAAGACCCCAUCUGCAGCAGUAGGCUAUUGGGAUGAUCCUGAGGCCACAUCCUCGCUGUUCCAGGAUGGCUGGUUGCGGACUGGAGAUAUUGCCCGCAAGGACGAAGAUGGCUACCUAUGGUUUGUGGGCCGCCGCAAGCUCAUCAUAGUUCGCCGCGGAUCCAACAUUGCGCCUGCUGCAGUUGAGAGAGUUUUGGCCACGCAUCCGGAGGUACAGUCAUCGGUUGUGGUUGGAGUGCCUGACGAGUUGGAUGGUCAAGUUCCAAUUGCAUGGGUUUUGGCCAAGGAUAAGGCUUGCCCUCCAGCAAAUGCAUCCCUGGCAGAACACAUGUCCAAACGCUUAGCUACUUACGAGGUUCCAGUGUGCUACUGGUUUCUGGACGAGAUUCCGCUCAACAGCGUGGGGAAGUUUGAUCGGGCAGGUCUACAGAAGGCAGCCGAAGAGAGGUACCAGAUCUUGGCGAAUGCGCAUCGUGCAGGUGCAUGA